GCUUGAGCAAUGGAAGCAUUCCCGCAUUUCAUUCAACUCCGAGUACACAGAAGUGAUCAUAUAGUGCAUACACUAUGCAUAAGCCAAAAGAAUAGAACAUUGAAAGAAAAGUCGGCCGAAGAGAUAGAUGCUGACAUAAGCAGAUCGCGUCUGUAACUUUUGACAGAUUAUGAUUUCCUUGGCGGCGCACGGAUGAUGAGUGAUCUACGCAUUCAUUCGUUCAUUCGUUCUUCUUCACCAUCAGCACUCACACAAAAUGUCAACAGCAACAAUCCUCCCGCCUACAACCAGCCUAACGGGCAUUCAAGAGCCUUUUGAUUUAAUGCGACUGUCGAUAUCCGAACGUGUUUAUGUGAAAAUGCGUGGAGAUCGUGAAUUACGUGGAACACUACAUGCGUAUGAUGGACAUAUGAAUUUGAUCAUGAGUGAUGUUGAAGAAACAAUUUAUGAAUUGGAACAAGCAGAGACAGCAGCAGGAGAUCAAAUAAAGGUAAGCGAUCGCUAGGUCAGAUGCGAUCGUCCUGACAGAUCACUGACUAAACCCUCCCCGCUACACAGAUCAUCAAGAAGAACAGCGAAAUGAUGUUCGUAAGAGGCGAUGGUGUCAUUCUGGUCUCGCCUCCUUCUCGAACAUGAUGCACGCA